AUGUCCGAGUUCACCAUUUCCUCGAUUCGAGCCGUUGUUGCUCGCGAACCCAGCGCGACUCCCGCCACCACUCCUGUUGCCACUUCUUCCACCACAGGUGUGAUUGACCUCACUCCGGUCAAGGAGGAAGUGAAGCCGGAGCCGAUUGACGCCCUUGCGCCUGCCGGUGAUGUUGCGAUGCGUGGUGACGCUGAUCGUGGUAGUGUCGAGAUCGUCAACACCCGGGCUAGCGUUGAAGCUGUCGAGACUGGUCGUGCUCGGCAUGCUACACCCUCGCUUCGCAUUGCUCGCGCUCGGAGCCGCAGUCGAUCGGUGCAUCCCUAUGUUCGACCAGCGAUCAUGCGUACUCCUACGCCUGCUCCUCGCGCUGCUCGUGCUGCACAGCUUAUGCGCACCCCUACGCCUGCUCCUCGCGCUGCUCGCCAUACGCCGCUUGUGCGUACUCCUACGCCUGCUCCUCGCGCUGUUCGCCCUACGCCGCUUAUGCGCACCCCUACGCCUGCUCCACGCAUGCCUCUUUUGCCCGGCAUCCAAGUCGAGGAUGAAGUGACGCUGGUCGCUACCAACCGUGCUACUAUGCGAAACGCAGCCGCCACCGCUCACCGGACGGCUCGAGACCAGCGCCCUGACACCGCCAUGACUGAGGUCUUGAUCGAGUUGGUCAACGGAAGCGUGAUCAGCAAGAACUUCCUCGUGCCCACGGGCCCCGUGACGGCGGGAACACUCGAGACCGUGGUCAGGGAUCUGAAAGCCAAGGCUGAAAAGAAGCUCAAGAAGCUCGGUGGCACUCCGCUCCCCCGCGCUGUGCCGAGGGACUAG